CCCCUCUCUCUCCGCUCCUUCUCCAGGCUUAUAACCAGCAGCCUCGCGCGCAGCCCGAAAUACCCAAGACAAGCUCUGGACCUGACUACAUCUGUUAGCUACUUGCCGUUUCAAUUGGGACGGAAUAUUUAUUAUCCGUUUUAUCCUGCACAGAGAGGCGCCGCAGCGCCGCUCGGGAGUCAGGGGAAAAGCGAGAUGGAUUUUUUAAACCACAGCUACUUAAGCGCGCGCACGUCCUACGACUACACGUUCAACUUCUGGAACGACUAUCUGGGCCUGUCCACGCUGGUGACGCAGAGCAGCAAGCGCGGUCCCGGCGGCGGAGCGAGCCCCAACUCCAUCACGGAGUCUCUGAAAGCCACACUGGGCCUGGAUGACUCUGCGCCGUGCCCGUGCGCUGCGCACUUGGACUACUGCUGCUGCUCUUCCUCGUGCUGCUCCUCUUCCUCGUCGUGCGGCUGCUGCUGCCCUCCCGCAAGCCCGCCGCCGCCUUCCCUGCUUGAGCUCAAGGAGCGCUUCUCGGCGCUCGGGCCGUUCCGUAGCCACGGCGCAGGGAUUGUAGGGCAUGAGCGCGAUGCGGGCUUUGGAGGAGGAGGAGGUGGAGGAGGAGGCGGAGGUGGAAGUUUCGCGGCUUUCGAGCUGUUCGGCGCGGAUAGGAAGGUGCGCAAGACGGCGGCGGCGCGCGCCAAGCAGGAGCCCAAGAUCUGCGUGUUCUGUCGGAAUAACGGCGCGCCUGAAGAGGUAUACGGCUCGCACGUGCUGAAGGCGCCCGACGGCCGCGUGGUGUGCCCGAUCCUGCGCGCAUACACGUGCCCGCUGUGCAGCGCCAACGGCGACAACGCACACACCAUCAAGUACUGUCCGCUCUCCAAGGAGCAGCCCGCGCCCCGAGCGCUCAAAGGAGGCCGGGCUGUGGGCGGUAAGCGCGUCAAAAUCUUCUAAAAGAAAAAAGAAAGAAAGAAAGAAAGAAAAGCACCGAUCUACACGCGCUCAGUAAAUAAUCACCUACAUUUAUUGCACUGAACCUUUUUUUCCAGUUGACUGUUCCAAUCGCGGCUUUCCGAGUCUUAACUUGCUAGACUGUAGGAUUUAUUAAACAAAUAAGAUAUCAAUGUUUUUUUCUGUUUAAAAAAAUCCUUUAUAUUUUUAUAGAUGCUUUAUUUCCAUAGUUUAUUGUAUACAUAAAAAAAGAUCUCUUUUCCACAUUUUUGUCUUAGAUGUUUAUUAGUUCAUAUUCAGUCACGUUUAUAUGAAUAAAAGAUGCUUUUUUUGUUGUUUGUUUAAAUGGGCAAAAGUCAUGAAUUUUAGCAUACACAUCAGAGCA